AUGGCUGAAUUAACAUUUAAAGGAAGUAACUAUUUGAAACAGAAGCUCAUAUUAGCUACAAUCUCAGGAAAGGCAACAAAAAUCACCGACAUUAGAAGCAGUAAUGGUGGAUUACAAGAAUUUGAAAUAAAUUUAAUUAGAUUGAUUGAUAAAUUGACUGAUGGAUCAAAAAUUAAGCUUCAUGCAACAGAAUUAGAGUAUAUUCCAGGUAUUUUACUUGGUGGGAAAAUAGAGCAUCAAUGUUGUCUCGAUAAAAGCAUCGGAUAUUAUUUGGACGUGCUGAUUGCUUUUGGUCCAUUUUGCAAGCAUCCGAUCGAAGCGAACUUGAAAGGAGUAACAAACAGUCCAGAUAGUCCAUCAGUUGAUCAUUAUAAAUGUUCUGCAUUUAACAUAAUGAAGAGAUUUAUAAUUGAGGUAGAAUCAUUUGAAUUAAAAGUGUUGAAAAGAGGCAUGAAGCCACUGGGUGGUGGUGAAAUAUUGUUCAAAAUUAAGCCAGUCAUGAAACUAAGAACAUUACAGAUUGAGAAUUCAGGAAUGGUAAAGAGAAUUAGAGGAAUUGUUUAUGCCUGUAAAGUGUCACCAUCAUUCGCAAACAGAACUGUUGAAUCAGCCAAAGGUACGAUGCUUAACUUCCUGCCAGACGUUUAUAUCCACACGGAUCAGAAUAAAGGAAAAUUAAGUGGCUUAUCGCCUGGAUUUGGUGUAAAUUUAUCAGCAGAAACAACCGAAAAUGUGAUUUAUGCAGCAGAAGUUGUAUCAAAUGUUCAAGGAACGCUGCCUGAAGACAUUGGAAGAGAAUGUGCAAAUAAAUUACUUGAUGAAAUCUAUCGUGGAGGUUGUUGCGACUCAACAUUCCAAUGGAUAAUGAUUCUUUAUAUGGCUUUAAGUCCAAAAAAUGUCUCGAAAGCAGUCAUUGGUCCGUUGUCGCAGUACAGCAUCAAGUUUCUUCAAUUAUUGAAAGAAUUCUUAGGAAUAACAUUUAAAUUAGACACUUAUGAAGAAGAAGAAGACGAAGAAGAAACAGAUGACAAUAUGAGGAGCCCUAAAGUCGUGUUAGCUUGCGUAGGUGUUGGAUAUAGCAAUUUAGCUAGACGAGUUUUGUAA